UUAAAGGGGCCGUCAGUGGGGCCGCUGCCCUCGCCCUCCGCUCGCCGGCCCGGCCUGCCCCCGGCCCGCUCCGCUCCCGGCGAGGCGGCGGCGGCCGGGCAGCGCGCCCCAGCGCCGCCCCGCCAUGGCGCUGGAGGGGGAGGCGGCCGGGGCUCCCCUGAGCUCUUUUCUGAGGGACUUCCCGUCCCCGCUGGGCCCGGGGGAGCCGCUGCCGUGGAGCCCGGCGGGGAGCGGCGCCCUCAGCAAGGCCGAGGUGCCGGGCGCGCUGGCGGAGCGGGCGCGGAGCCUCCUGGGCGGCAGCAGAGGUGUUUCGCCACUUCUUGCAGCGUCGUUGAUCCAUGCUGCAGUUGAUGAAGUCCUCCGAACAGACUUGACUGAAUUUAAGCAGCAAAGUGUGGAAACAGAGGGAGAAGUUGAUGAGGAGAGGUUCACCUUGCUGGAUGGAGAGUCGUUGCAGCGCUGCUUCUUUAACAAGCUUCGGGAUGUUUGCUUUGAGUGGCAGAAGCAGUUGCCGCCACUGAGACCACUGAAGCGGUUCCUGCUUGUUUCCAUCCAUGCCAUCCGUAACACUCGACGGAAGAUGGAGGACCGCCACGUUCUGCUCCCAGAGUUCAAUCAGCUGUUCGGUUUAUCAGAUGACAUCGAUCGCGCUUACUUUGCGGUAUUUGAUGGCCAUGGUGGAGUGGAUGCUGCCAAUUAUUCAGCAACCCAUUUACAUGUAAAUGUUGGGCUACACGAAGAAAUUGUUACGAAUCCAGCUGAGGCCUUGAAAUGCUCUUUCCAGAAGACAGAUGAAAUGUUUCUUUUCAAAGCCAAAAGAGAGAAGCUGCGGAGUGGUACAACAGGUGUAUCUGCGUUGAUUGUAGGGAACAAGCUACACAUAGCAUGGCUAGGGGACUCGCAGGUAAUGCUUGUGCAGCAAGGAAAAGCUGUGACGUUAAUGGAGCCUCACAAACCAGAGAGAGAAGAUGAGAGAGCGCGGAUAGAGGCUCUGGGUGGUUGUGUUACCUACAUGGACUGCUGGCGGGUUAAUGGUACCCUGGCUGUUUCCAGAGCAAUUGGUGACAUAUGUCAAAAACCCUACAUCUCCGGUGAUGCGGAUGGAGAUUCAUUCGAGCUGACUGGUUCUGAAGAUUACUUGCUCCUAGCCUGCGAUGGAUUCUUCGACGCCAUCAAGCCGUAUGAGGUGGUAGACUUGGUCCUAGAUCAUUUAAUGCAAACCAAAGGAGUGGGUCUCAAAGCAGCAGAAAGUCUGGUGGCUGCUGCAAAGGAGAAUGGAUCCAGUGAUAACAUCACUGUUCUCGUGGUGUUCUUGAGGGAUCCUCAGGACAUCUUGGCAGACUGUCUCAGAGACCCUAAGAGCCUUGGGGCUGGUGAUGAUCCUCGGAGCUCACCCUUUAGUUUCCUCAGCUGUGAGGCAGCAGCCACACAGUGACAAAAUCUGCUUAAUCCAGAAUGUUCAAGUAAGUUCACAUCAGGAACUGCUUUCCUCUGAAGAAACCUCUAACACAAUAGGCAAAACGUGUCAGGAAAAAAUGACAAGUGUGGACAAACAUUUAACAGAAAGGCAAGACUGCUUUUACUGAGUUCCCAUUUGUCUUUUCCUUCCUUCCCCCUCCCUUCAAAACACGCUGAGCAGACGUGGAGAUUUGUACAGCUAUUUUGUCUCUGGGAGCAGACUUCUAAAGUGUGUCCCAGGGCUGCUGGUCAUAUCCCUCUGCCCUGGAAGUGGUAGGAAACCGCAAUAAGUAUAAGCUACUGGGUGAGCAUACCCGUUCGUGAAUUCUGAGUGAAAAUUUAAAUUAGUGCUUCAAAGAAUGCUGUAUGUUGUAUUUAAUUGUGAUGUUCCUUUGGAGACUGGGAGGAGAGAAACUGUCACCGUCAGAGAAGCUUGGUCUGUAGAAGCAGGCUUGGUGUGCGAGAGACUGGGUGACACCGUUAUGCUGUGUACGUUGCUUUUGUUUUGUACCAAAGAUGAUACUACCAGAAGGAUGCGGCCUCUUUACUCAGAGACAUCUGAUUUUUGUGUGUGUGGAGAGGAGAAAGUGAAACGGAAUGCUCCAGGAAAAGAGCAAGAAAGCUAACUAGAAAUAUCCCAGGCAAAAUGAUACCAAAUCAGCUGCUUUCUGGGAUGCUCUGGUUUUAUAAACUGGAAUCCAAUAUUUAACUGCACUGGAUUUUUUUCUCCCUAACACACACACUUUAUUGGCUAUUUGGCAACCUGAAAAAAAAGGACCCUUAUUGUUGUAUUUCAGAGAGGUCUUUACAGUAUGUAUGCUCUAGCAGUUAAAUAGGCUCUGUUUCUGCCACUUUUUUGUGUACUAUAACAAAUGAGAGUUUUAUUUUUAUUCUAAGUAUUUACUGAACUUUACAGUUGGAUGAAUUUUUUAAUUUUUUGCAGUGUUACUUUUAUUUUGUUGUGGUUUGUAUUUAAAUUAGAAUUUUUAAGUGGCCAUGUCUAUUAUCUGGUUUUAAAAACUGACUACCCUCAAGUGCCUUAAAUAUUUCACCCAAGGAUUACUGGCUUCCUGUCACACUCUGAGCCAGUUUGUAGUGUUUUUAAAAUGUGAUAUUUUUAUUUCAUUAAUACUAAUGCUUAAUGCACUUAAACGUUUCAUUUUUGUGAAUGAUUUUAGUGGGAACUAGGUUUUGAGAAAACACCUCUUUCAUUGUUGCCAAAUCUUGUGACUUGUAGUAAAAGCUUCACGAUACUUACUGUGACUUACCCCUGCCCCAUGGAAAAAGCUCUAGUUAAUCAUAAAGUAACGAUCUGAGUCAUCAUGACUUUCAUUUAAAAAGAAACACACUUCUGACCUUCACAAGAAAACGUAAUAACACAAACUAGAAGCAGUUUAGGAACAGGUCUUGAUUAAUAGCUGGUUCAUUUGGCCACACCUCAUGAACUCUUGGGGUCUAAAUAACUUUCUAAGGAGAAGUGAAGCGAAGGCGAGGAUGAAAGAAUCUUGGUGAGUGUGUAUGUUGUGCGAUUGUUCUACCCGUUACGCGCUGGAGCCUCCGGUUGUGUUUGUCUUGCCUUGCUAGCCCGGCUGGCAGGGCUCAACAAGAUCUGAAGGCUCAAUGGCAAAUGUGUUAGUAAUUUUUGUAUCCAAACAAGAAGUGCUUUACAUCUGGCAGCAAGACUGUAUGCCUCAUUUAGAAGCACAUGGCAUUGCAAUAUGUCAGGCCUGUGGAUUAAAAUGUGUUGAACAUUAACGUUGCUUAGGGAGGAAAUUUAGGGAGAAGAGUUGAGGCGGCUAAAAGGCAGAAGAGAGCAGCACUGUUCUUGCCCGUCGUGGCUCUGCAGUUACCCGAGUGACCUGAGAUUUUUGCUGGAUUACUACGGACAGCCCUGCGGUUUAACACAGGAGCUCAUCCGUGACGCCAUCUCGUUACUCAGCGACUCGGACAGGGACUUCCUUGUUCUCUGUGCAACAACAGGAGCUUUUCCUCCGAGAAGGUUGCAAGCGCUUUUCCGUCCUACGUUUUGCUGUCCUAACAUACGUGGGAAGGCGUUCUGUGCUGGCAGCCUGGUAGGGUAGGUGUGAAUUUUUGUAGUGGCCCUACCUCGGUUGAGGAAGCCUUUAGACUUGCAUAGCAAUCCCUUUGUAUUUACCAUCUCCCAGCUCUUUGAUUUCUAACCCAGAUAUUCAGUGUCAUGCUACGUUCUGAUGACCACUAGUGCCUCUUGGUGUCUUGGAAAUAGUUCUCAUUAUUAAUAGAGUAGAAAUCUUACAGAAGUGUUUGAUUUUACUGCUGUCUGAGGUUUGUCAGGACAGCGGGAAGCUACUGUAAUCAUGAAGGGAGGUGUGAAAUAUUGGUAAACUCACAGUAUGGUUUAGCUUCUGAAAUUUGCCAAAUUUCCUGAAACAUGGAGGGAACUGAGCAAGCCAAACUCUUUGUAAUUAUCCUUUUUAUUUCAGCCUUUUGGGGAAGAUCUACUUUACAGAGGAAACAAAGUCUUAAGUCUUUGGACUUAAGUCAGUGGAUACUUAACAGCUAUGUAAGAAUAUCCUUUUCUGUUUCAAAUCUGAUAUAUUUUUUUUUCUAGGGGAGCAAAGUGAAGCAGGCCUUUAGAAAGCUGUCUGUGGUCAUCAAAAAGCUGAGUUCUCAGAGCUAUGCUCUAGGGAAGAAAUUCUGCAUUCUGAGAAGCUGUUCCCUUAUAUAGAUAUUUUCAUUCUGAAUGACCUAGUGCCUCAUUUCUUUGAGAUGAAAGUGGACAGGAAUAGCCUUUGGGAACUCAUACAGAUUUCAGCAGGGAUAAAGAAAUAUUUCCCUAAUUUUCAGAGACUUUUUACUAGCUUUAAGAAGCCUGGUCAGGUCUAUAGGAGUUGUAACUGGGUCAAAAAUGGCAGUUUGUAUCCUACCAGUGGAAUAAAUAAGUCUUAAUGUGUCAUCUACAGUAAAAUUCCAAGUACUAUUUGGGGGGGGGGGGGGGGGGAUUGGUUUUGGAGAUGUCUUAUGUGUGCUUGACAGCCUGAUCAAAACCUAUGGAAACUUUUUUUUUUCUAACUGAAAAACCAGCAUUUCAAUUUGAUGUCAAAUCAGUAACGGAAGUAUGGCAGAGUAUGCCGGUAUGGAUUUUGGAAGUGUACUUUUAAAUUUGUUUUGAAAGUGGUCAUCAGGAUGGUCUUAUCCUGGGGGUGACAAGGCAACCUCCGAUUUGUUUCACCUGACACCUCUGUUAGAAGCCACCAGCUUUAACGCAUAAGCUGUUACGGGAAGCGUCACCGGUAUGGGUGGCGAGGAGCGAGGGUGAGGAGCUCUAGCAGAAGGUAUGAAGCUGAACGAAAUAUGUAACGGUGCUCUGUUUUGAAUUCCCAGUACUAAUCUGCUACAUUACCUUUCCUUACCUUUCCUCUUACAACUUACUGGAUUUCUGGUGUUGGCUGUUCUGUUUUCCUUCCCUCCUUUGGUUAAAAAUAGCAUGUAAUUUUGGUGAAAGAACGCUCUCGCCUCUCUGGCCUUUCCCAGUGUCAUCUACAAUACGCUAACGCUUGUCCGCCGAUGUCAGAUCGACUAAUGACAAAUUGACUAAUUUGCCCGUUUCCUUGUUGUCUUUCUGACGGGCCUGCAACAAAAACAAUUCUGGAGUCUGGCCAAAAUGUUUGAGGCUGUAGAAGUGAGCUGAAGGGUUCAAGACAAAUGUUCGAUGAAAAGUGAAAGUAUUGUCACAUUUUACUAGACUCCAAAUGAAUGCUGCUGCAGGUUAGCACCCAGCAUCAGAGAGGCUGCUCCUUAAAAGAGCCUGCACUUUUAAAACAGAGCACGCUUAAAUUCUGGUAUUGUGCUUGACUGAAAACGAGCUUUAGUCGUUCUGCUUCGAGAAAAACAUCUUUUGCUUAUGGGUAAUUCAUACUUCUGCCUUUCUUUCCCUUGCCUUCCCUACCCCGCCCUCUCCUACAAAGAAGCAUACCUAAGACAGUGAAGUCUCCUGGGUCUGACAUAGACAAAUUACAAUUUUACAAAUUACAUUUGUUGGAGGGUUGGUUUUGGGUUUGUUUUUUUUUUUCUGAGAACACAGAGGAUAGAAAUGCAGGAAAAUUUUUAGAACAGAGGGAGAUGAAGUAAAAUCCACCCUCUGAGUGAUGGAGGAGUGAAAGAGAGAGACAGGAAUGCAUUUAAGUAUUAUUAAUGCCUAUUUUAAAAAGGAAGUGGGCUGGAAAAUAGAGCUACAAAUGUCAGUUCUUUAGAGUGAAAUACCAGUGCUUGAAAGAAUUAGAAACACACCCAUUAAAAAGGCAAAGCUCGGAGGUAACUGUCUUCAAACAGCCAGGGAAGGAAUCACAGGGAAAGCAUCCGAGGCGACUCACCGAGGCCCCGCGACGCUGUCUUGGAAGCUAAUGCUACGACAUGGAUUUUUCCAAACAUCGUUACGUGUGAGGGAGCGCGAGGAGGGAGCGCUGGUACGAGCAGCUGCCGGUCACCGCCACCGCUGCCAUGAGUAAAUGCCAUGAGGUGUGUUAACGAAUCGAUACGGCUGCUGAGCUCCCCCAGGAUGAGUAAUUGGGCACGGAGCGGUUACAGCAGAGCUGGCAGUUGAAUAGUGUUAAUCACAGCGAUGACUUUAAUAGCAUUUAAUAGACACUUAUCUGAAUUCAAAGUCAGAUGAGAUACUGCUCUUUUUAAAAGCAUUUCCAGUGCUAUUAGCUUUCUGUCGUGAAAAGCCACUAAAAUUUCCAUUUUUUUGUUGGAUGUUGGGAAAAGUGCUUCUCUUGCUUUCUGAAUUCUGGAGAUAAGUUGGCUGUCUGCACUGGAAAACCCAUUUUCGGUUGAAAGCUUAAAGCAGCUGUUUGGGGUUGAAACUUCCCUCCCAGGCAAUCCUUCAGAAGCUAUUUAAAAGGUGCCUCCAAAACAAGUGGCUGAGGAACAUAAACGUUUCCGAACAGCAUUGCACAAGAGGUAACCAGCAAACAUCCUCAGUCUGUAAAGGGCACAGACGGUUAUUGAGCUGCCUGAAGUCUAAAUUAAGAUUGCAGCUCCACCUUUGUGUAACUGACACUUGGUUGGUUAAACUACUCCUGUUCUUGUGGAUGCAGGUACUCAAUGCACAGCACCAGACACGGUCUGCUCCUGUUCUUACAGUGCUGAAGUACCAAGGAAAUGCUCUAGGGAGAAGGCGGGGGGAUGUUAGGCACGACAGAGCAGAUUGCAGAUGAUUCAUAUAUAGUUGAGCUCUAGUUAAGCCUGAAUUAAAUUUCCCUGCUUAGUUCUAUUACUGUCCCUUUAACAAUUGGACCUGUGCCAUCAGACAAAAUCCUACUAGGAAGUAGUGGUCCCUUCCCUCCUCUUGAGGAGCAAACAACUCCUGACGGACGAAAUGUUGUUCAGGAAGGGUUGAACGGGGGAAAAAUGAGCUUUCAAAGGAGUGCAAGACUUCCCAAUCUCUGCUAAGUUAUCUGUUCUCUCUAAAUGUGUUUAUAGCAGGUCUGAGUGAAUUUGACUAGCUGUGCUGGAAAGCAGUGGGUCUCCUGCCAAGCUAGUCAUAGCCUUUAAAACUGACAGCACCAGAACCAAGAGGCUUGUCCUCCCUGCCCUCCUAAACCGAGCCACCAGAGCAGCCAGCCCUGCCGAGCAUUUGUUCUGCAGCAUUGGCAGCUCUAAGAGCUAAGCCAGCCACUUUCUGCAUGUUCUUUGGUUGUUUUUAAUACAUUUAUUGGAUUGUACUUUAUCUAAAGUUAUUUCUGUUGAAACCAGUCAUGUCAGCUGAAAAGUAAUCAAAUGGAGACAUGGGGAAGUGACUGGACCUGGACACGUAUCUGUCAUAGACACUUCUUAAAAUACUACCUUAAAAUGAACUGGUAGGCUCUUGGGAUAACCUUAUCUCCGAACAGAAUAGGAAACCAAAAUCUUAGGGAAUCACUUAAACCCUUAUUUCGGUGUGACCCAUCGGAGCCCGAACCCCACAGCCUUCCCCACAAGCUGUUCAGCGUCGCGGGGUCAAUGUGUUUCCCAAGCUGUGCACGCUGCUGCUGGCGCGCACGAAAACAAACCAAAGGCAGCUGUGUUGGCAGCGCAGAAAAUUUAGCAAGAUGCAGCUUUUGUCAAACAGAAGAGGACAAAAUCAAUAGGAAAAGAAAUGUUUUCAAGCUUCUUGGAAUGCAAACAAUGGAAUAAAAAAAAAGCAACCUAGAAGAGUUGGCAGUGCACUGUCAGCUCAAAACCACUGUUUUAAGCAAAUGAAUUUGGCUGCUUUGUAAUGUCUGCUUUAUUUUGUUAACAAACUCCUCUCAGUCAGGGUUUCAUGUCUUGUUGUUGAUAUGUGCUUUUUUUAGUCUGAAGAGGGAAAAUAUAUUUAACUUUCGAAGGAGCUUGAAUGUAUCUGGGCUUAGUGACUAGUUAGAUUAUGAUUGUUGAAUUUUCUCUCAACUAAGCAGCCUGAUGACUGAUUUCCAGGAGAUAUUAACAGAGCAAGUACUGAACUAAUUAAGGAUUAAAUGGCCCUGGAUUUCCAUGCACAAGAACUUCAUCAGUCUUUCCUGGUCUAGCAGAUCGCCUGAAGUCUGUUAUCGUUUGUGCGGCAAUACAUUAGGCGUGCGGAAGGUUGGUCGCUUUGGCAAAUGGAGCUGGAAGGCGUAACCAUCACUCCCUGCAGGAAGUAUUUAUCCUUUUAACUGGGGAAUGAUGGCUCCUUUUGGAUGUCGAAGGUUAAGGAGAUGACAGCUAGGAAUCUAGAGAGGUCCUAGGGGCCAGGGGGACACACCUUCUCAGGGCAAUUAAAUACUUCCUCUUUUUCAUGUUGUCCUUUCUAACUUUGCUAAAAGCCAUUCUGCUUAAUACUGGAUGAUUCAUGCUGGGCUGUUUUUCUUUUUUUCUUUCAGUGUAUUUAAUAACAGCAAGAUGUUUGUUUUGUUGGGGGUUAAAACUUUAUACUGGCAAAAAAAAAGCCAAUAUAAAGUUUUAACUUUAAGUACUUUAACUUCCUUAACUACUUUAACUACUUUUAACUUCCUCUUCUGUAAGUCAGUCCUGCUCUGUCUCCUCCUUAUUCUCUUCCCAAUGUUCCUUUUCUUUUAUGUCCUUUCACAUUGUCAGCCCCCAUCCCCAAAAUGCAGCUUCUUACACUGUAAACUCCGUUGGCUGUUAAGUCAGUUUAGUUGACACUUUAAAACUUCAGUGUCAUCCCUGUUCAUAGCAAACGUGGACUGAUCUUCAGGGGCCCACAAUACCAAGAGUGUAGAAAGUACCGUGUCACCUCGGAAGAUAAGAGACUACAACUGUUGUGUCUUGGGCAUUGACCACUACUGGAUGUGUAAGAAGCAAAUCCUGUUAUUUGCAUGUUAUUCCAUAGGAAUUCUUAAGCGUACUUCAGGUAACCGUAGCUCUCGUCCUGCAUACGGGACUUCAGAGAUGCUCUUCUCUCCGUAUUUCCCCGUUCCUACAGAUUGCUUGUGUUUCCAAACGUUUGCGCUGUUCAGAGGGGGGAAAAGAGCUUUCUGACUUUCUUCCCUCUUCAGUUCUCUCGCUCCUGCCCUAGCUGACCGAAGCGGCAGCUGUUGCUGCAGCGCACCGCGUGGCUGAGCAGCCUCGGCCAGCGUAGUUCUUCAGUGUCUGCUCUGUACCGUAACUUCAAUCCCGUGCUUAUUUAGUGGUAAGUUAGACCUCCGUAACUACUCCUGCCGACCUAAAAACACACGUUCUUAUCAGUAUUAAAGUAGUACAAGAGCAGAACUGUUGCUUUAGGCACAUUUCUUGCCACUGUGUUGGCUAAUGAACCUUGAAUGAAAGUAAGAGGGCCAGUGACUUUGAAGUAGGAGCUGUUAGCCGAGUGUUGUAGAAUCGUAGUCCUUAUUUAUUUUGUAUGCUAAUCUGCACUUGUGACCCUGAGCAGAAAAGCUGCAGUACAGCAGGUUUUAUAAGCUGUGGCUCAACCAGUUGUUUAGUUUCUUAAAACUCUUAUUUAAGCUGGCUGGUUUUGUGCACAGGUCGGAAACCUGUCAUUGAUCAUUAAAUGCUAUGCAUAUUGUACAUUCAUUCACAUGGAUUGUCCUAAUAGUGCUCGUGUGUAUUGUGCCACAUUACCAUAUUUUUUAUAUAUAUAUGUACGUGCGUACUGCAUGAGGUUUAAUUGUUGGGGUUUUUUUGUAUUGUCACUUUUGUAUUCACACAGUGCCUCAUGUAUCUAUUUGCAUAUUGCAAGAAGUUGUUUCAAAGCAGUGACUGGAAACGGGGAUAAGAACUCCCCACUGUAGGAUCUGAUGUUGCUGAAGCAUUAAUAAAGUAUAGCGAUUCAAAGCA